AUGGAAGGCUUACACAACACCCAAGACGGACAGGCAAACUCACAGGCAGUAUCCUAUAGUCACCAUGACACCUUUAGGAGAGAGCUUGUUGAUGUUGGGGGACUUGCGGCGCCUGCUCUGCUUGCAGGAAGAACAAGGGAAGAAGAACAAGAAAAUCGAAGUGGUCACGCGGAAUCUCAAGCACAAGCAAUAGUGGAAGAACCCACUGUACCAGAGCAACAGCAGCCUCCACAGAACAAGACAAAAAAGACACGGAACAAGAAGAAAUACGAAAACAGGAAGUUGACUGCCUUGUACACACUCUUCCUAAAGCCCGAAUGUCUGCAGGAUCUUGAAGAAGAAUUCGGGGAUGAUGGGAAAAACCUACAGAUUGAGUGA